GAUCCGGAAGAGACCACCCCGGAAGCAGCACCGUUGAAGGCUGUCCCGGAGCCCGAGGCAAUGGCACCACCAGCACCGCCUCCGCGGGAAGACCAAGCCGAACUGAACAUUCAGGAUGUGAAGGCCAGAGCUUGCGACGCGCUGCACAAGGCUUUGGGCCUGGAGGAUGAGCAGCCGGUGGAUUUGGAUGACGUGAAGGCACGGGCUGCCGGUGCCCUGGAGAAGGCAUUGGGCGUUUCAGAAUCCGCUGCGACCUCCAAGGAGGAGACGGCCGAGGCCGAGCCAGCCCCGGCGCAACCAACCUUGGUUUCCGAAGUGCAGGAGAUCACCAGGCAAGUCAAGGAAGAGCUGGGCAAAUUCCAAGGCGAGGUGUGUGGACAGUUGCAGGACCUGAAGCAGCUGUCCAGCGAGGUUCGAAAGGACGUCGAGGAUCUCCGGCAUCAAGUGGCAGAGGCCAAGCGAGAGGUGUCGGGAUCAUCUACGUUCGGUGCCACAACCGUCACCACCAUCAAGCCAGAGGACCCUUUGCAGGACCUCGCUGGUGGGAGCCUUGCAGACCUUGAAAAGAAGAUCCGGGAGCGCAACGAGCGCUUCAGGCGCGAGAAUGCGGCUAUGCGGGAAGAGAAUGCACGCCUGAAGAUGAUGGGGCCAAAGGCUGACUAA